AUGGGAAACAAGGAAAAGCAAGGAAGUGCAAUGGAAAACAUUGGUGUUGCAUCCCACGGAAUAGUUCGUGAAGAACUCACAAGAUACAACUAUGAAGAAUGGAAAAUUCUAAUGAAAAAUUAUCUGAGAGGGGAAAAUCUGUGGGAUGUUGUGGAGAGUGGUUCUGCAUCCACACCCAUUGAUGCACGGAAAGACGCAAAGGCUCUGCAUAUCAUUCAACUAUCAUGUGCACCAAACAUUUUCGAUCAAAUUAAACACUUCCAAACUGCCCACAUAGCUUGGAAUCACUUGGCUAAANUUUGCAUAUCUGAGUUUAAAGUCCAACCUCAUAUUCAGCACGGUGUUGUAUCCGAAAACACUAGUGAGCACAAAGCUUUAUACAAGUUUGUGAAAAACGGUGAUUGGAAAGGUGCAAACUCAUACUUGAGAGAUCAACCCAAUGCCAUAUUUUGGGCUCCGUCUUCAGGGAGAACGGUUCUUCAUGUUGCAAUAAUAAAAGGACAUAUGACAAUUGUGAAAGGGUUAGUAUACUUAGGAAAGAAGCGAUUAAUAGAAAUGCAGGAUGAGGAUGGUAAUACUGCUCUUGCUCUUGCUGCUGGUUACACUGGAAACCUUAAUAUAGCAAGACGUUUUGUAAAUGCGGAAGGCGGCGAAGAAUUGCUUGGUAUAGAGAACAAAGAGGGUGAGAUCCCUCUUCUUAUGGCUGCUAAUUCAGGAUGCAAAAUAAUGACUCGUUACCUUUUCUUUCAAACUCCUCGCCAUGUCAUGGAUGACCAGUCUUCACAUAAUCGAGUUUUGCUUCUGAAACGAUGCAUCCAAGCGCAUAUAUUUGAUGUGGCUUUGACAUUGCUUAAGUCUUACGAGGAACUGCCCAUUGAAUCCUUACGCGUCUUGCUGGAUUUGGCUCGAGUGUCUUUUGCAUAUUUUCCGCGUAGUCCUGGGAACACAAUGGUUUUUUGUUUUAGAAGUGGUACUUUAGUCGAUUUCAUUUUGGCAAUUAUGAACAUCUCUAGAAAGUUUGUGAAAUGGGCAAUGCAUUCAUGUGGACUGAAAUCCAAAAAUAGAGAGAGUGUACUUGGACAGAAGAAUGAAUUUCUACAAAUAUUAAGAUAUUAUAAAGAUAGUGUUUCGAAGUUGAAUAGUUCACAACUCCNGGANGCUUUGGUGUAUGAUGCCAUGUUGGAAGCAGCAAAGCAUGGAAAUGUUGAGUUCAUAAAUGCUAUGAGGAAGGCUAACCAUGACCUCUUAUUGGCAAUGGACAAUCAUGGAAGAGACAUAUUCUCGUAUGCGGUUCUUCAUCGCAAACACAAUGUGUUCCAAUUCAUGCUUACUCGCUCUGAAAAUAAGGAUAUAAUUAACUAUACAACAGACAUGUUUGGCAAUAACUUAUUGCAUUUGGCGGCACGUUUAGGACCUUUGUCUGAUCUGAAUCGCAGAUCCGGUGCUGCUCGGCAAAUGAAAAGAGAAAUUGACUGGUUUAAGGCGGUGGAGGAAGUUGUGCAUGUGAAAUGUAGAGAAGCCAAAAAUGAUGAAGGUAAGAAGCCUGAAGAGAUAUUUAUGGAAACACACAAGGAGCUGAUGAAAGAUGGAGAAAAAUGGAUAAAGGAAACAGCUGGGACAUUUGCAAUUGUGGGUGUUCUCGUUAUAACUGUCAUGUUCGCUGCAAUCUUCACUGUCCCAGGGGGUCUCCAUCAAGACAGUGGAAUUCCUAUUUUUAUAAAGGAUAAACGGUUUACUGUGUUUAUUGUAGCUGAUGCAAUCUCUCUCCUGGCUUCUAUCUUUACAGUAUUUAUAUACAUUGACCUUCAAACAUCGAGUUAUGCUCCGACAGACUUCCAAAGAAGAUUGCCCACCAAGAUAAUGUCAGGGCUUGGGUGCCUUUCCCUCUCCCUAGUGUCCAUGAUGAUUGCCUUCUGUGCUGCGCUUGGAAUAGUUCUACAAAAAUCAUGGUUGUACAAGCACAUCUUUGUAGCAGUUGUCAUAUUGGCUCCAUUCAGUUUACGCCUACCCUUCAGUUUUGCGUUAUAUUGCAGAGCACGCCGACAUUAACUAUCAUUUGAAGUUAUUAGUUAAUGUUUUUAUUUUCUGUACUGUUAGCCACGUUAGGUGGUUUCAACGUGUGCAUUUGUUUAACAGUUUCUCUGUUUUCCUGCUGUUUAGCCAAGUUUUAGAACGUUAUUUAUUUUCAUUACUCAAUUAAUUU